AUGGUUGUUUGGAAAAGAACUAUAUUAUUUCGAUAUAUAUAUGUAAUUAUAUUACUGGGAAUAAGUUUGAUUUUUGUAUCUGCAGAGGAAAUUCAAAACCCCAAUGAGUCAAGCCAAAUCUCUACUUGUACAAAAGUCAGCUUGGAAAAAAAACCAGGAGAAUUUUUGGUUGAGUCUAGUUUAAGAUUUCCCACUCUUAAAUCACUUUUUUCUUGGAUGGAAUCUCUUGAUCAUUUUUAUAGUGCAUUUACUAAGGAUUUUGAAACAAUUUCAGAUUCAAUCCCACCUAAAGAUGAGUAUGAAUUACAUGCAAUCACUAUGAGUGCUUAUUCUUCCGUGUUAGAAUGCUUUGGAAUUAUUAAUGAGUUAACUGUGCUAUAUAAAUCAUCAAUUUUGGAGCAAGAUUCAGAAAUGUUUUUAGAGAGUUCAUAUUUAAGUAUUAAUGGUCUUGUUCAAGAUUGUUUAACUCCAUGUAAAGAUUUGUUGCUCAAGUCAUACAUAAGAUUGCAUGAAUUGGUAUUCGAAUCAGGAAAGAUACAUUCACCAACUUCACUCAAGUUUUCUGAAAGAAUUAUUGAAUUAUAUGACAAGAUUUGGGAAACAUUAACUAUUUUGUUAGGAUAUACUACUAUGAUAAAAGAAUCACAGAAUCUAACACUCCAAAACCGUUCAGAAAUACAGAAAAGUCUGGAAUCUUUUGAACUUAAACAAGAUAAUUCACCUUCAGAACAGCUUAAAUUAAAUAUAUUAAAACGUAAAAUGGUUGAUAAUAAUAGAAAUGAAAACCUAUUUAAUUUAUUAUUAUCUUUCUUUGAAGGAAAUUUUGCUCUUACAGUCCAAAUUGCAGAGAUGGAAUCCUUAAUAACAGCUGAGAAUAAAAGAAGUAUAAGUGAAUUAGAGGAAUCAAUCAAGAAUAUAGAAAAAUCCAUGAAACACGAAGAGAAAAAGGAAGAAGGAAGCGCAAUGCAGCUAAUUUCAAUUCUGAAGGGUGAAAUAAACUCAAGAUCGGAGAUCCUAGUGCGUCAAAUCUCAGGAUCUCCCAUUUACCUACAAAAAUAUGAUUUAGAUCUUAGCUCUAUAUUUAAAAAGCUUAGCUUGAAAGAAUCUCAAACGGAUUCAAAUGAGCAGCACAAAUCAGAUGAAGAAAUUAAAGCUGAUGAAGAUGAUCAAGCAGAUCAAAAUAAAGUAGAGUAA